AUGAUGAACAUAUCCAGAAAACCAAUAACGAUAUCAAUAAUGAUAGAUAUAAUAAUAAUUAUAAUACCUACGAUAAAACGACCAACAACAACAACCGUCGGGAAAAUAACGGACUGGGUAAAGCAGAAUUGUAGUCUUGCGAAGUUAUUCUUGCCGAAAGCUAGUUGUGAAGAGAUUAAUACUCUUGUUGCUUCGUGUCAUCUUUAG